AUGGCGGCAUGUACAAAAAGAUUGAUUUUGCAAAGUGAUUGGGAUCAGGUUUUGAGAGAAAUCAAUGGGAAAGCUUGGGUGUCGGUGAAAAAAACAGGUUGUCCAAGUGUAUAUGGGGAACUGAAAGUUCAAGAACUUUCCAGUGAUGGGCAGCCUUAUGUAUUGGGAUCAGAAAAUUUCUCCAUUGGUGAGAUAACAAGGAAAACAAUUACAGUGUCUUACACUGAAGAUGAGGUGACAAGCUUAGUCUGCAAAUUUCAAGCUCCCCGGUUGACAUUUUCAACAAUUCACAAAGCAAAGAAAAGUGUUGCCUGCCUUGACGUGACCCCUGGAGGACUUGCUGUGUCAUGUGAUACAGAUGGGAAACUCAUACUCUGGGAAACGGAAAAUGGUGAAAUAAGGCGUGAUCUUAAAGGUCACUUAGGAGAUGUUUACAGCUGCAGGUUCUUCCCAUCCGGUAUGGUUGUCCUCAGUGGCAGCGCGGAUACUCAGCUUAAGAUCUGGUCAGCAGAAACGGGACAGUGUGCUGCAACAUGCAAGGGUCAUGCUGCUGGUAUCAAUGAUACAGCUAUUGUAGAGAAAGGUCGCAACUUCGUAUCAUGUUCUCGAGAUGGAACCGCCAAGCUUUGGGACAGUGGAAGUCAGGCCUGCCUUGGAACGUUUGAUGAAUGUGGAGGUGUGGUUAAUGGCUGUAGUAUUGGUAUACCUGCCAGAGGGUUUGAUCCUGGAGAAUCUCAGCAGCCAACAGAUGAGCGUGAAGUUGCAACCGAAGGGAAGUUGCUGUUACUUGCCUGUGAGAGCGGUGUCCUCCAGGGCCGUGGAUUGCAAAGUAGAACAAAGGUUUUUGAAGCCAGAUGUUCGGAUGCAGUGAACUGCUGUACUUUUUUGAAUGAGAAUGAAGCCAUGUGUGGCACACAGGAUGGUCAAAUAUAUGUCUGGGAUAUCAGAAACACCAGUGAACCCUUGGUCCACAGAGCAGAGACAAGAUCAGCAAUUCUGUCAUUGCUACCAAUUCACCAUGGCGUACUUGUGGGAACAGGGGAUGGCUCCUGUGUAUGCUUCAACAACAACUACGACCCAAGUUUGGAAUUAACGGGCCCGGACUGUGACCCUGUUUAUAAAGUUGUUUCUGAUGGAUCGUACCUAUACACUGCUUGUCGUGACAGCUUCGUGAGGAAAUACACCAUUCUUUAAGGACACUGUGCAUUAUUGCAUGAACUACAUGUGCAUCAGCCGGAUUUGAAAACAUUCUCCAAUCGUAUUGCUGAAGCUUUUAAGCUUUUAAAAGGACUCAAAUUCAGCACAUUUCAUUAUAUUGGGUUCAUCGACACUGUGAGCAAGUGACAAGGCAGAACAUUUAAGGAACAUCUGAAAUUCUUUUCGUUUGUGAAAUACUGAGUUUUACUAAAUUUUAAACUAUACCUACUAGUAUCGGCGACAUGUGAUGAGUUCCAUCUGGGUAUAACUAAAUUUUAAACUAUACCUACCAGUAUCGGCGACAUGUGAUGAGUGCCAUCUGGGUAUAACUUUUCCCUUUUCUCCAUAUGAGACAAGCGCCUACUUUUGCUGUAGCAGGUCGAAUAAUAAUCUUCUUGACUUGUUCUCAUCUGUAAAUACAAAUGUAUAUUGGUUUCCACAAAGAAAGUUUUCAUGUUUUCAUCUGUCUGAUGUGCUCAAAUUGUUAUUUUUGUUGAAGUAUUAAAUGCCUAUGGUUGACUGAAGUAA